AUGGGCGAUAUAGACCGAGGCGGGCAGGGAGAGUUAGAACUGGUUGACUCGGAAUCAAAUCGCGAACAGGUUUUAGCCGCAUUCGAUCAACUCGCCAAGACUGUGCAACCGUCAGAUCGGUUUCUGCUGUUCAUGCUUGGGCAUGCUUCCCGGACCGGUAGAGGCAGUGUAAAGUUUAAUCUGCGAGGACGGGAUAUUACUGAAGUGGAAUAUGUAACGCUCAUUAACAGUGUUCCUUCCGAGCGUCAGAUUUUAAUCUUUGGUUUCCCUUAUAGCGGGAGGCUUGUGCCACAACUGAGCGCACCGGGACGAAUAAUUCUCACCUCAAGUUCACCAAAUGAGGGCUACUCGCUACAAGCAGGAUUCGGCGAUGUCUUUGUUGGUGCCUUCUCUACCGCAGAUAACGAUAUAAACGGCGAUGGUGACAUCUCACUGUUAGAAACAUUUCUAUCGUUACAGACACAAACGAAGGACUGGUAUGAGAACAACGGGAGUAUUCAGUCUGAACAUCCGCAUCUUGAUGAUAACGGGGAUGGGAACGCCACUCGAAACCUAACGAUUGACCUUGAGGUCCCACGUGUAGAACAGACAGAUGAUGGCGCACUCGCCGAAAAAACGUUCUUGGGGACCCGUCGGACAGUCUUACCGAGCACGCCACUCCCACCUGAGCCUGAUGAAGUUUUCGCCGACGUGCCGCCUACUGAACCUCCCGAAGCGCACGAACAUGGAAAUCCAAAUGCUUCGACUGCCUCUCACACCCCUGAGAAUCGUCCAUCGGCACUGCCUUAUAACUAUAUCAGCGAAGCAGACGAGGAAGUCAUCCGAGAAGCCAUUGACACAGCACCUUCUCAAAAAGACUAUCCAGGAGACGGUGCUGUCGUUCUUUGGGAAAGCGUUGAUGUUGAUAUCGAUGAAAAGAGCCGUUAUAUCUAUUCCACACGGCGCGUCGUCAAAAUCUUCAAUGAGGAUGGCGCAAAUCUCGGUGAGAUCAGUAUCCCUUAUAUGCGUGGAAAAGACGAUGUCACUAUCCAUCAUGCCCGUACAUUUUACCCCCGAUGGUAG